CAACGACCGUUGCCCUGCCAACUCUCCACUCUCGCCUCAUUUUUUGGUCUCAUAACAACGACGUGUACUACGAACGAAUCAACAUGACGGUUCUUACGAAGAAAGACAUUGACAAGCUAUCCUUUCGACAGCUCCAGGUUGAGUGCAAGAAGCGAGAUUUGAGCGGCGGCGGCAACACGCAAGCCCUUCGUGCCCGUCUCCAGGAAGUUUUGGAGAAGCCAACAGAAACCAACGGCGACAAGAAGAAUAGCAACAAAGAUGACGACAUGAAUCCAAGCGACGAUAAGGAUAACGAAAGCAAGAACGACGGUUCAGAAGACAAAGAAAACACCAAGCCAGUCAAAAAGAAUGAGGAAACAGCCGACCCAAAGCCAACGAAACCAUGUGCGAAAGACCUGGACUUUGGAAUUGACCUUGUCUGCCCAAUUACCAAAUUGCUUCCUCGGGAACCCGUCACCGCAGAGGAUGGCCGUGUUUACGAAAAGAGUGCCAUUGAGAAGUAUAUUGAAAUACACAGUGGUCAGCUCAGCUCUCCCAUCACGAACAAACCAAUGGGCAAACGACUGUUCCCAGCCCCCCACAUUCGCAAUCAUAUUCAAGCAAUGGUCGACAAGGGCGUGAUUGUUGGAGAGUUGCUUGCGGAAUGGAAUAAGAAAAUCGAAGAAAAGAAAUACACGGAUGACUUGAUCAAAAAAGCCAACAACGGUGACAAGAAUGCGAUGUAUAAGCUUGGAAAGUACUACAUGUUCGGCGAGUGUGGAUUCGACCAGGAUGUUAUGGCUGCUAAGAAGUGGCUCGAGAAAGGUCGCAAUGCCGGCAAUGUGACGGCGACAGCACUGCUUGGUGUGUUGCUUAUGGAUGGUAUUCAUUACGGUAUUCCAGCCGCUUCCAUCGAUGGCAUUAUGUAUUUUACUAUGGCAGCCAGCCAAGGAUCCAGUUAUGCAGCAUACCGGGUGGGGCGUAUGAUCGCCCUGGGAUUUUAUGGAGUGACAGUGGAUCGUGAGCAGGCUCUUAUCUGGCUGAAGAAAUCAUUGAAUCCUUCUGACUGUCCCAUCCAGGACCUGAACGAAAUCGCCAAACGCAGGGCCGAAGAAUUGAUCAAUGAGCUGACAAAGGAAGAGGUAACCAUGAGCUGAGCGUAUUACGUCUAUCCCUCCUGCGCUGUAAGGUUCGGCAGUUGCGCAACUUCCCUCCGUGACGGAUCUGUCUGACGCUCAGCACUGUUUCGAGGUAAAUGGCUAAAAACGAAAGGAAGAAAUUUUCUGCAUCAAGUUCACUAUGAUAAAAGCAAUACAAAACUGCUAGCUUCCUUUAUUCGAUAUC